UCCAACGACUAUUUGACCUAUAAUUUUGACAGGAAACUGUCAGUUUACACACAAUCGAGGAGAACAUAAAUUUAUAUCUUAUAUCUUUAAUAAAAGUGGAAGAAAACAGUAUGGAUGAAUCAAGUUUGUCGAGUCCAGAAGAUGAGAAACGAAUAUCGAAAAAUGGAGAACAUGGUUUGUUCGACGAAGCAAUCGGACAUAUCGAAGAUUUAUUAUUAGAGGAGAAUUUUCAGGCUCUUCAGCAAAGAUUUUUAGAAAAAUACUGGAAUGUUUUUGAACCAGUGGAAGAUAACAAAUUAAUUUAUACCGAUAUAUUUAAUGAAUAUAAUAAAGCUGUAGAGACAUACAUUGAGGAUUAUCUUAAAAAAGUCAUGCCACAAUUCACAAUAGAUAUUCUUUUACAUCAGUUAAACGAGAAACAGGCAGAAUUGGAAGGUGAAGUCUUUGAAGUAUUGUCAACAAUAACAGACUUUUUGGCUUUCAAGGAAAUGUUUCUCGAUUAUAGAGCAGUAAAAGAAGGUAAAGUUGAAGAUCUUAGCUGCGGAAUAGCUAUUACAUCUUUGAAAUCGUAUAAUGCAGGAGAUUGCAAUAAAUCACCAAGAUAAUACAUAUCAUUUUAGUAUCAAAAGAGACAUUUUCUAAGAUAAAAAUCGCAUUAGAAAAAUGUAAAAUAUAAGUCGAGCAUUAAAAAACACACAUGUAUACAUAAUUUUCAAUA